UGAGAAUGUCGGCGGCCGAGGAAGGCGGUUUGCUGGUGCGCCCUUUCAAGCUCAUCGCGCUGCUCUGCGCCUUCCUGGCGCUGGCCCUGGACGUGGCGGCACUCCUGAGCCCCGCCUGGGUCACGUCGGAACGCUACUCGCUCUCCCUCUGGAAAGAGUGUAGGCAACUCCCGGGCGGUUGGCAAUGCUUCUCCACCCUCCGAACCGCCCAUUGGCCGGCCACCUGCUUUGCUUCCCAAAUCUUCUGCUACGUCCUCACAUGCUUGGAGUAAGGCACAGAAGACCUUUUAUUCAAAGAAUGCAACUGGCGUUAGGUAAUGUAUCUCCCACAAUAACCAGAAAUGCUCGGAUUUAAUCCAGUGACUUCACUGUAGCUGGCAAUUAUUGAACAAAUCUGGCCGAUAGGAGAUUGCAGAUGGAGCAAGAUGGAUGUUCUGGUUGGAAAGGAUAGAAUGAUUGUAGAACUUAAAAAGAAACAUGGGAAAUUAAGAAAGGACCCUUUCUAAUCAAUAAAUCCCCAAUUCAUUUUUAUCCAUUUUCAGCAAAAAGCCCAUAAAAGGUUUCCAGUGUUUUAUAAAAGUAAUUGUUAUUCCCAGGUCUCAUCCAAAGUUAAUGCUUGGAAGUCCUUCUGUUUGAGGAGCAUGAGAGAGGAGGCAGAAUUUUUUGCAAAGAGGAGAGUAGCCAAGGAUUGAAACAGGAAAGGCCAUUGAUAGUGAGGAAUCCGAAUAUACAGACUGUUCCUUCUUCCUUUGCUUUAUCACCUUGAAUUUAAAAUCAACAGGAGGUGGAGCCAAAUUGUGAUUUGAUUUUCUUCAGUUCUGUGCCCUUACAGGAAGCAUCUGUUUAGAUGAAGUCUUUUCCAGCCUAGCUACCGCUCCUUUGAGACAAAGGAGUCCCUGUUCUUUCAAUCACUUGCAAACCAGUGAGAAACUUCCUUCGCUUAUUCCACAGUUAGCAACAGUGACCCUUCCUAUGGAUCUUGGAUCGGCUUGUGAGUGACGUGUUCAGUGAGGCAUACAGUUGGCUGGUAGAGCACCGAGACAACCGCUCCCCAGUUGAGAAGGACCAGAAGAGUUAGCUUUGGUGACCCAGUGAUUCCCUGGAACUUUUAACACUUCUUUUAAAUAGGAAGGUCCGAGGCAAAGGGU